AUGUCAAGAUUUAUCCUUCGAAUUGCCGCAGUGGUGUGCCUGCUUGUUUUCCUCAGUGGGAAAUGUUCAGCAAACUUUUGGCGACCUGCCGUCGUGAGCACUUUACCACCGAAUUCUAACGAUCCUUAUUACCAGAGUAAGUUUUUCUUUUAAGUUGACUAUAGGUAUGGGGAGUCAAAUUUUGGGAGUUGUGUACUUGAUUAGCUACGUUCCAGCUGACGUACUCGGUGACUCUCAGUAGAAACCUUUCUUGUCGCCAGCUAUUUUCAUACCCUUUAUGUGAAUGACAAUCUACAGAUCAACUUAUAUUUGAAAGUUAAUUCUUUUAACUCUUCAAUGCAAUUUUUUAUAGUUGUUAACUCCAUUCAGCGCAAAGUUUGUUUUCGGGAAAGAUCGACGGCGCGCGAUAGACUGUGUCAGGCUAAAACAAUCCAAGUGAAUUUUUUUCUUCGCAUCAGUUCAUGUUCAUGAUCUCUGGACAUUACUAUUUUGGAGCCGGGGACGAACGGGGACAGGCUAGAUAUAGACAGAGAUCAUUUUGUCAUUAGCUCUCGAUCAACGACCAAGCGAUAAUCUGUUAGAGCCUUUUCACCCAGUUUUCAGGGGCACCCAAUGGCAAUAUUCGGGAAAAUAUCUGUUCGGAAGACGAUUUGAGAACUAGAAUUUUCGGAACAUUUGUUGUAAAAUUUCUACGAACGGACGGAGAGGAUCCUAAAAGCUUGUAGAUGUUUUACCAUAUUAAUGGGUAAAAAAACGGAUAUUUACCCUAAAAAAGGCCACCUAGAAUUUUCGGGAGCCUUUUCCUGGCUGAAAUUUUCGAAGAGGUAAGUUUUGAUCCCUAUAAUUUUCGGAUCACUAGACUUUCAGCUAGGAAAUCCGAACAGAUGAAAAAUUUUUAGGGGAUGAAAAUAUGCCCAUCUCUACCGUUUAAAUACUAAAAUACGUUCAACAAUGCUAUGUUAAGUGGUUUUGAACUAUAUCCUCGUUGGGUGCCCCUGAGUUUUCGAGUUGAGCCUGAACCUUUCUUAUUUUCUGGGCAGUUUCAGCCUGGAAAUUUUCUUACAAAUGUUCCUAAAUAUCAAUAACGAAAAUCUGUUAACUUUUUAAUAAGCUUCAUAUAGACAAGACUACUAGAUGUUUCAAAUUGUAAGCUAAGUGCUGUGAUUAGAUGUUGUGCAAUGCUUCAUCAUAACCUACAGAAACAAUAAGAAAAAUAAGUUUCAUUGCGAGGCUGCAAUUUUAACAACUAUCAUGCAUAAAUAAGAAAAUUAUACUUUUGAAACAAAAAAAGUUGGUAUCAGCUGGAGUCAAUUUCAAAAUGCGACCACCUCCCUCCAAAAACUGCGAAAACGAUAGAGCAUGACCGUGGACAAGACCGUUUCGUUACCACGACGCCACAUGGGGACAAACUACCUUGAAAGCGAUCAUAUUUUCUUUAGGGCCUUUCCCUUAGAACCUCAGCCAGCGCGCCAUGUAUAAAGUUGAUCAAGCUGUUUCAUCGCAUUUAAAGAACUCUCGUCGACGAGUAAGUUUAUGAUUAUGUAGCCUCGAAUGAAAUGCACCAGAUCGCAUCCAGGCAUUUGCUCUUAACCCUCGAAGGUUUUUUCGAUUUUUUUACUAGACAAUAAAACAUCAACACCUGAUGUUUUCAGUAGCUACUCUUUUAUCCCUCUCGCGCAUUUUGAGGCAAGUUCAGUGAUGGUCUGUUUCUAUGGUUACGAGAUAUGACGUCAUUAGUAGCAGGUGGUCAAAAAAAUUUUGGUUGAAAAUACAUUUUUUCAACUUUUUUCAACAAUAAAAGUAAAACUCGAGGAUGCAAUGAUACAAAGUACUUCUUUAUGUGCUAUAUAUAUUUUACAUAUCGACAAAAAAUUUACCAUUUAUCUGGAUUUUAACCUGAUUUCUAAUUCUUGGUAAAAUCCAAGAUGGCUAUCAUUACUGGUGACGUCACUGGCCUUCAGCAACGCCACCACCCAUAAAAUAUACCCCAUUUUGUUGAGAAGAUCAAAGGCUUUCCUCUAAAGGCAAAAUCGUUUCGAAACGCUGCAACAUAUCAAAAACUCUGGGAAGGGGUUCCAUUAUUUAAUUCCCCCUUAUACCACGGUGGGGGUAUGAAUUUGCAUGUACGUCCGAGGGUUAAAAGUACUUUUGCUUUCGAAAUUCAUUGCAGAAAGGGCGACUAAGGUGUAAAUACUGAAAUGAAGGCUUAGCCAAGUGUAACUGAACUAUCACAUUCUAUACUACUAGUAAUGCACAAAAAUCAUUAUAAUUUUAAAAUUUUAUUCGCAGAGUUUCAAACGGUUCCUCCCGCAAGCCAAACUGCAACUAAGCUCCUGACUAACUUUUUGCGCAUCCCUGGGAAACUUUCACAUGUGCGCCGCAAAAGACAAAUUUCUUCUUAUGAAGAUAUUGUGGUUGUUCUGGAUGGUUCCGGGUCGAUUGGCAGCUGUGAAUUUGGAAAAGGAAAGAAAGCUCUUAAACACAUGAUGAAAUUGGCAAAGGAAAACCCGACAGUUGAUACCAAGUACGCUGCAGUUUCCUAUUCCUCCUCUGCAGUAGUUGACUUCCAGUUUUUGCCAUACACUUUGGCGGCGAAUCGCAUAAUGCAAGUUCGUUACGUAGGAAUGAGUACCAACACUCAGGAUGGGCUUGCAAAGGCAAAAGGACUGUUCUUGGACCCCUCGUCAGGUAGAUAUUUUUUAAUUGUCUUAUUAGAAGGAAAGAAAUAAAAUGCAACUGAAUACAAAUCAUUCCUUUUUAAAUAACUAAAGCCGAUCUUAAUAGUAUUGCGAAAAAGGAAUCAUUUUUGAAUGGUCUUACAAUAAACGAUCUUGAAGCAAAGUUGAAUUUACGUUAAAAGUAAUGGAAAGGGUUAGGAUCACCUGUUAUUGACGGUAAUAGUUAAGAAAGAAAGUUUGCUAUAGUAGUUUAAGUACUUAAAUUUUUCGGAUUUUGGCGGAUCGGCAUGGUAGUGCUGUGGUAACGGAGAGAGAUUAGGAUAUGAAAGAUCCGGGUUAGAUCGUGUCCUCGGUGUGAUAAUUCCUUAUAAGAGGCUAUUAGGGAUGUGCCACUGGAUGGGAUCGCGCGCAUUUUCACGACUAGAUUGACUAUAAUGGGGUAGCAUUUUCAAUAGUUCUGCUACAAUGGGGUCGCACAUUUUCUGAUUUUUGGGUUAAGACAGUUCUUCAUAUUUACGGUUAGUAAACGUACCAGAAUGCUUGUACUAUAGGUGAAAAGUAAAGUGUUCUUCAUUCAAUAUAAGGUAGAUACAUAGAAAGUGAUUAAGUUGGGAUCGCGAAAAUUACAUAUUUGCCCAGAAGUGACUAAGAUGGGGUGUAUAAUUGGCCACGAUUAGACUAUAGUGGGUAAGGGCUCCGAGGCCAGCGGCACAUACCCAGGAAAAAUAAUUCCAAGUUACACCCCCCGUCUAGGGUUCAACCGUGGGUUAAGAAUUUCUUUAUUUUUAGCAGAAACCCUCUCAAUAACAUGUCAAUAAUUUUCUAAGUGUCUUAAAAAUGGCAGCGACCAUUUACGAACAGGACAACUGCGCAGGCACCGCUAGUGCUGAGAUAUUUUAAGGCAGUAAUUAAAUAAAAGAUAACAAGAAAGUUACAGAUGAUAGUAUUUCUGGAAUAUUAACAAAAGAAAUGCCAGUGGCUCACUGAGGAAAUUGCCGAUAGCGGACCACAUCAGUUAGGUUUGGAACGUGAUUACCAAAAUUUCUAGGAUGGACAGAUUACCAAAUUUUAUGUGACUCCCGCGCAAAAAUGAUGAAUGUGAGCUUGACGUUUUAAAAAAAUUUGAAAUUAAAAUGAUUUGGUUUUACGAAUAACGAUAGUGAUAAUAAUGUCAACAAUAAUGUUUGAUGUAAGCAGAAUGAAAUAAUCCAUAAUGUUAUUAAUGGGAGCCAGUCUUGAUGGUCGUACCCCGAAAGGACAUUAAUUAACUUUUUAUUUCCAUUUUUACACUACUGAAUUGUAAACCACUUGAAAUUGGAAAUAUGGGUCUUCUUCCCACUAUUGUGUCAUACUGAGCUUAUCAAUAAUGGUACAAAUACAUAAUUUUUUAAGAAGCUAUUAAAAACAAUGGCACUCCCCCGCUACGUCCUUCAGAAGUUUUUUUUUUUCAUUGCUCGUUUCAAAACUGGCUUAAGGUCCCCUCAAGCAAUCCGGAAGAUAUCCAUUUCUGGAUACAGGCAUCGUGCGUUGUGAUUGCUUGAGAUCAAACUCAAGACGAAGUAAAUUUGGCCAAUUGCUAGUGGAGAUGAGUAGAAGUAAAACAAAUUUUUGAUUGCGGCCACUUGUACUUCGGAUAUCGAUCGGAACAAAAUUAAGUAAUACGAAAUCACUGCGGCACGGAAAAAUAUAUAUAUAUAUUUAUUUAUUUAUUUAUUCAUUCAGCAUAUACUCUUGCACUCUGGAGGAGUGUACAAUUCAUCAUGUAAACGUCGUGAUCCUCGAACCAAAGCCAAAGAAAAUGCUUAAACUACAUCGCAUCAGAGAUAAAUCCUGUCAGAAACAAAAAGGACAAGAAAUAAUUACUCUAACCCAUAAUCUACCCGCUAGGAAGAAAAUAAUCGGAACAAGCGACAUUUUACAUCAUGAGGUAAAAGUCGUUUAGGCCUACAGACCCCUUUUUAUACCGUGUAAAUUCGGAUAUGUAUGCAGAUCGCUACGCGUGAGAAUUCAACAUCCUACAAGAAAACGUGACAAAGCAGAGCAGGAAAUCAUCACAUUCACGGACAAAACAAUAACAAAGAGCACAGGAAAUAACCUCUAAAUGUGACACAAACAACAGCAAAGAUAAGAAUGAUUCACUCUGUUAAAGUUUGGGUUACAACACAGUGUAAUCUACGGAUAUUGGAUUUAAGAACUAAUAAAAAUUUCCAACGCCUUGCAACACGAACCACAGGUCAGUCCCAAGCUCACGUUACGAGUGUGUUACGUGCAUGUACAUUUACUUAACUAACACACUCGUAAGGUGAGCUUGGGAUGCCUGUGCACGAACAAUUCCAAAUUAGGUAAUGGUCUGCCUCAGAUUACACUGUGGAGGAUUCUAACACUAAACUUCCUUUUGUCAUAAUUUUGACAGGUUUACAUGUAAUAUCCGGUCAAGUUAUGUAACUCUGUGUUAUUUUUGUUCUACACUCGCGUGAGCACGUCACCAAAUUCCGUAACAUUUUUUAUGAUUUCUUCUAUGAUUUUAUUUCAAAUGAUUUUUUUCCCUGAACGUAAAUGUAUUUCAGAUAGAAGAAGAAGAAGGAAAGAAAUUCAAGUCAAUGAGUUACCGUCUAUGAACUAAUAGAAUCUGUGAGGGAGUAGUACACGCGUGCAGACCAAAGUAAGCAGUAGUCGUGGACUCUGAACAGUCAACCAAACAAAUGAAAAAAUAAAAAUAAUAAUUUCAAAAUUCAUAAAAGAAAACUUUAAUGAGUCAUUUAAACAUGCCGUAAUUCGAAAAUUCUCGCGACAAUGUUGCAACGCCGUACUGCCCUGAAAAUCGCCGUUGUGGAUAUUUCUAUGUAAAGCCAAAAUCGUUUUGCAGAAAAUGUCCAACAUUCCAGUCGACAGACGACGUUUCUCCUUGAAAAUGGAACUGUGAUCAAGAAAAGAGCCAAUGGAGAUGUCUAAGUAAUCCAAAUCACUGACCUUGCCUCAGUAGCUUGUGUUGGCGUUACAACUUCGCCGCGAAUCUGAGGAAUGGUCCCUUGAAUUUUCACUACAUAUAGCAAUGUCUCUUCUCUCGACUGUUGUGUGCUUUGGCUUUUGUUGUGGAUCACACUUCACCCGCGCACGUGAAUCACUAAAAUCUCACUCACAAUAAAAAUGAAGGCGGCAUACAGCCGCAAAAGGUAUUAUAGGCAUAAAAUACUAAAGUACUAUCUUUUUUAGCAAAAAGAUGCAUAAUUACAAGAAGAAAAAGACUAAUAACAACCACUGUUUUCGGAUCGACAGAACAAUCCAAGAUGGCCGAUGAUCAUUGAAAAGGUCAAAAGCUGUGGUCCGUCAUAUGCGAUUCUCUUGAAAUUUACGUGACAUAUAGAACAAUAGCUAAAUUCCAUAUAUGGAACCUUAGAAGGCAAUUUCUCAAUAUUUUACUAUUAUUUUCUAGCUUUUUUCGAUUUCUAGCCAAUCACAGAGCCGGAUUUUAAUUAGUUAACUGGAAAAAGACUGCUAUCGUUCUUACGCGGAGCGUUACUUAAAGGGACUGGUUCACGAUGAUGCGCAUGUGUGAGUUCUGACCUUAGCUGAUUGUUUUUAAACCAAUCGGAAGCGAGUUAGAUGCACGCAAGUAAAUUUACAAAAUUCAAAUUCAUUGUUCGCGACGCGAGAGUAUUUCCGGGCGUUUGGUUUGAUUUUGUAUCCCCAUAAUUCAAGGUUUUUCUUUGCUACUCCUGAGAUAUAUGUUACCGCCGAUAAGAAUAAGAUUUACAGCCCUGUCUUGCUUUGAAACAAACAUUUACCAACGUGUAUUUUUACGAGGUCGUACCUACGCUAACAAAGCACCGAUCGGCAAACAAUUUUUUUUAUUAGCUUCGCCAAAAAAAAAAAAACCGAAAAAAAAAAAAAAAAAAAAGUUGGAAGGGACACCCCAACAACACUGCCCAAAAACACCCCCUUUUAAAAAAACCCUUUCUUUUAGAAAAAAAAAAAAAAUGAAAUUCAGUCAAAUGCACAAUUUGAUUGCCCACUUGGGAGUAAAAAAAUAACAUAGCUCAGACGAGCACACGUUGGAACUACACGGCAAACAAUUUUUUUUAUUAGCUUCGCCAAAAAAAAAAAAAAACCGAAACAAACAAACAGAAGAACGUUGGCAGGGACACCGCAACAGCUGUGUCCAAUUACAGCGGUUUGUAAACAAACAUUUUAUUAUUGUUCCCUCAGUUCGCCUUAUAUAAACCCAGAAAUACCUACAAAUAGCGCCUGACCGGUGACAAAAACACACAACCUAUGAGUAUAAAGAUUAUCCUUAACUGAGUAUAAAUUUCAGUUGCUUAUCAGCAAAUGAACAAAUUCAUUCGCGUUGCAUCGGGUCAGUGGUCCGCAAAACAAAUGUUAUAGAGUAGAACACAUAAAGAAACUAGAAUAUUCAGGCAAUAAUUUAUUUUAAAAACAUAAAUUCUUAAACAUAUACGAUCGUGAAGCAAAGAUACAAGGAACAUUUCAAAUGUACCAGAUCGGUGAAGAUCGCACGGCCUGUUGCGGUAUAUAACUACAGGUCGGAGUCAAAAAUCAAAUCAAAGUUGAACGAACUCAUGCCUUUAACCACUUUCGAAGUGUCGUGUAUUCUUUUCGUAAACCACACACUACUCCUAGAACCAUACCAGAUCGAUCGGCUAAGCUUCUCUAUCUCCAAAGACUCUUGAGAACGUCCUGUUGCCGGACGGCCGCGAUGCUCUUCUGAACCUCCAUGAUCAAAACAUUAUUUUUUGCGUCUUCUUAAAACGUAACCGCUCAAACAACACAACCGCACGUUAAUCACCACUACCAAAGUAUAACUAGGCCAGCCAAAGCGACGGAUGUCGGAAUAAAACGAAGGAUUUUCAAUGAUUGUACCAGUAAUGACGAUUUCGAAUUUAGUGUUGACCCAACAAAAAUAUUCUGAAGAGACAAACGGCGCGCAUGCGCAUAACCAUGAUCGCGUCCCUUUAAACGAAACCAAGGAUCAGUUUAGAAUACGAUCCACGAAACGUUCAUAAUGGCUCCGAAAUUACACACUUCACAGAUUUUUAAAGGCCAUGCAUGUGAAAGUAUCGUGCAUAUGGAUUCUGUCUGAAUAAACAGCACGGAGUCAAUUUUUCAAAACCCAAAAAAUUAUUACAUACCUGAAAUUUGUAAGAAUUCAAAGACCACUCCACUCAGAAUGCAUCGAAAACACAACCGUGAAUUCACUUUAUGCAGAUCUUCCUCUGCGUUGCAGAGAAGCACGCCAUCUUUCUUUGUCUCACAUGUUCCUCUGAUGUUCCUUUACAAAUAACGCGUGGUCUUAUUGGUUAAAUGAAAGGAACCAAAAUAAUAGCGGCGCAAAAGCGUCGCGAAUACUGAUUUUUCUUUCAAGGUCCGAGAUGCAAUUAUCAGUGACGUUAUCAUAUUUUCAGAAAUGGAUAUCUCCCGGACUGUAAAGAUCAUCUCCCCACGUGGUAUACUAAACAAAUGUAGGCUCAUUAAAAUAAAAAUUAUAUCGAACAAGCUAUAUCACCAUAAAUUUUGAGUGAAUAGCCUAGAGUAUUGAAAGCCGGCUAUAGUUUUCUGUGUAGCUUUCUGGCGGUCGAGCGCUCGGUUUCCUCCUUGCAUUUACCAUCUUUGAUUUUGAAAGGACUGACUGAAUUUCUAAAGGAAAGGAUAGUCAGAUCAAUGUGGUGUGGUGGGGUGGGGUGGGGUGGGAGGCAUAAAAAAAGUAAAGGAGAAGGGGAGGGGGAAAAUACUCGUGCACGAAUUCAAUGUUCUGUUAUUUCCAGUUGCUUCCAAAUGUUGUUGCUACUUAUAAACAAAUAGUUUUUCUUCACCUCCGAAGGACGCCGUGUUUUUUCAAGAAGGAUGGUCUUUCUUGUCACCGAUGGCCAAUCGGACUCUCGCGACCGAACUAUAAGGGAAGCUCAAGCCCUAAAAGGCAAUGGCGUAGACAUUUACGUUGUUGCUGUUGGAAGCUACAUUUAUGGCAUUGACGAGAUGGUGAAGGUUGCCUCCUCUCCGCCGGAGAAUCACAUGUUCCGAGUCACAAAACUCGAAGGUUUCUGGCAGGUCGUCAAAUUGGUUAUUCAAAUGCUCAACCCCAGAGAAUACAGCGUCGUAAGCGGCCAAUAUGAUCCUCCUUGCUAA